ACAAUAUUUCUAUAUUAUUUCCAUGACUAUUAUUAUUAUAUUAGUCAAGUAGACAAAGAAUGAUUUUGUCGAUGUGGUGGAUGUUAGUUUUCGUCAUUCGCCUGCCGAGUCUCGUAGUGGCAGUUUGUGAUGGAAAUCAAUUUGCGUGCAAGGAUGGACACGAAUGUGUGGCUGCUAAGCAACAUUGUGACCACGUGAUCGACUGCAGCGAUGGAUCUGAUGAAAUAGAAUGCAGUUACCCGUGCAGAAGUCCUCACAUGAAACAAUGCAAGGAUGGCCAUUGCAUUGCCAUGUUUUUCUUCUGUGACAGGGAGAAUGAUUGUGGAGACUGGUCAGAUGAACUCGACUGCACUGGGAUGUCGUCUAGCCUAGCAUUGAAUUGCCCAUCAAACACAUUCCACUGUGAGGGUCAAGUGUGCAUCCCUCAAAACUGGGUCUGUGAUGGAAUGGUUGAUUGCUCUGAUGCGAGGGAUGAGUUACAUUGUAACAUAACAAAAGAGUGCAAGAAUGGAUUUCAGUGUGGAAAAGAGUGCAUCUUAAACCAGUGGGUCUGUGAUGGUGUCACAGACUGUGCUGAUGGAUCUGAUGAAAAAGAAUGUGGUUCUGAAGCAUUCAUGAAUCACAGUUGCUUACCUGAACAUGGCUGGUUCAGUUGUCUCAGCAAAGGAACUCAAAAAUGUAUGCCCAUUAGUCGCGCUUGUGACGGAUAUGCAGAUUGUGACGAUCGGACGGAUGAAGGAGGCCAGUGUAAUUCGACUACAAACUGUUCAAACAGUACGCGCUGCCCAAAUGAAUGCCAUAAAACUCCUCGUGGUCCUAUCUGCUCGUGUCCCUCAGGCUAUCAGCUCAAUGGAACGACUUGUGUUGAUAUCGAUGAAUGCUCGAUGGAUCCACCCAUGUGCAGCCAAAAGUGUGCGAAUAACCAAGGAGGAUUUGAAUGUUCUUGUUCUUCCGGUUAUACUGUUGGCACCCGUAAUAAUGGAAGUUGCGUUGCUAAUGGGCCAGAUCCAAUGCUGCUAAUUACCACCGAUCGAGAUAUUCGCUACAUCUCUCCGCCUUCUAUAGAGUAUGGACUCGUUGUAUCAGGCAUUUCACAAGCGCGCGGCGUCGCAGCUGACUAUGAAGAUGGGGUCGUCUACUGGAAUGAAAAGAGCAAGGACAAGGCUGGCAUUUACAAAUCCAUGUUGGAUGGCUCAGCUUUCCAGUACGUUGUUUCGGUUGGUGUGGAGAUUGUUGAAGACUUGGCGAUCGACUGGGUUGGCAGACACAUUUAUUUCGCGGACUCCGGCCGGAAGCACAUUGUCGUUUGCGAUUUUAAUGCUGCCAUUUGCAGUGUUGUCAUUAGUGGACAGCUAGACAAACCUCGUGCAGUGGCCGUCUAUCCUGAAGAGGGUUUGCUUUUCUGGUCCGAUUGGGGUUCUAGUCCACACAUUGGUUCUGCUGGCAUGGAUGGAUCGAAGCGGACAAACGUAAUCACAACAGACAUUGUUUGGCCUAAUGGAUUGGUUGUUGAUGAGACCAUUCAACGCAUUUAUUGGGGAGACGCUAAACUUAAUCGCAUUGAAAGUUCGCGGAUUGAUGGAUCUGAUCGUAAAAUCCUGCCCGUUAAAGUGACCCAUCCGUACGCUCUCGAUAUAUUUGAAAACACGAUCUUUUGGUGCGAUCCUCUGGAGCACGAAGUUCUUUCCGUCAACAAGUUUACCGGAAAGGAUUACAAGAUUUUGAUGAAGGAGGCUUCAUUAACUCCAACUGGCAUCCACGUUCAUCAUCCUUCCAAGCAAAACCAUCUCACCAACCCCUGCCGAAACGUGAUUUGCAGCCAUCUCUGUCUUCUUUCACCAUCCGUUCAAGGCUACAAGUGCGCCUGCCCUGUUGGAAUGACUCUGAACAAAGACGGCCGUACCUGCGAGUCUAUUUCCGCCCACGAAUCUUCCAUCGUCAUCGCAACUUACACCGACAUUUAUCGCUUGACUCAUCACCAGAUUGGCAAGGAUUCCAUCUUUCGUCUGCCUACGCGUAACGUGGAAAACAUCGGUGCAUUGGCGUACAACCCCUUAGGCCACUCAAUCGUCUACAGCGACAUGAUCCAGAGGACAAUCUACUCGAUGCAUCUGGAUACUUAUCGGCAGACAGUUCUCUUCGAAAACGUCGACAUGGUCGAGGGGUUGGACGUGGAUCCUUUCACGGAGAACAUUUACUGGACGGAAGUUACUCGGGGAACUGUCGUAGUUGGUCAAAAAAAUCAUGACGGUGUUUACGAAAGACUAGUAUUGGCCCGAAAUCUUUACAGCCCGCAAGGUAUUACCAUUGGAUCCCAAUCCGGCAGGAUGUUCAUCGUCGAGGGUCGCAUCAGUCACGUCAUCAGCGUUUGGCAUAUGGAUGGUACUAACCGACAGGAGUUGGUCGAAGUUCAUGGAAUUGUAUCGGCGAUGGCUUACGACGGCAAACAUCUCUACUUCAGCGAUUCCCUGCGAGGUUCAAUUGAACGGAUCGAAGUCAACGGUGAAAAUCGAAUCAUCCUUCGCUCUCAUCUGGGCACUCCGGUCGCCUUGGACGUCAGUGCAGAUUCCGUCUUUUGGCUGGCUCAAUCCUCCACUCGCAUCAGCUGGUUGAACAAGCAAGAGACGAAAACUAUGCGCGGCUUUGUUAUCGACGCUUCCGAGAACAUAACCGUUCAGUAUCGUUUGAUGGCAGUUAUUGAUCUUUUCGAUUCCAACAGUCACGCUCAUCAUUGCUUGGGGGAUACUGGAGGUUGCAGUGACAUUUGCGCACCAACACCUGAUGGAGUCACUUGCCUAUGUCCAUUGGGUAAAGUAUUGGGAGAAGAUAAACACGUCUGUACUAAAGCCGACUGCGUUGGUGAUGAAUGGUUUAAAUGUCAAGCCAGUUGUAUUCCAGCCAAGUUCCGAUGCGAUGGAGUCAACGAUUGUGCCCUAGGUGAAGAUGAGCUUCAGUGCCGCAAUACGACAACAGAAGUAGGUUGUACCAGUUCACAGUUUCAAUGCAAAAACGGCGGAUGUGUCUCCAUCCAUUUAUACUGUGAUGGAGACGCCGACUGUCAAGAUCGAUCCGACGAACCUGAUUCCUGCCCUCCGUAUGUAUGCAAGAGAGAGGGCGAAUACUCCUGUCCUAAUCAACGUCACUGUAUUCCUCGCUCGGCCGUUUGCGAUGGUAACGAAGAUUGUAACGACAAGUCGGACGAAGCCAAUUGUACCAGCACUCAUUCCGUGUGUUCAUCGACGCAGUUCUAUUGCUCCAACAGUCACACUUGUAUUCCUCUUAGUUGGGUGUGCGACAGAGAUUCAGAUUGUCAAGAUGGAGAAGACGAGGACAGCAGCGUCUGCGGUAAUGUUGAUCGGAAACUGAUUUGUCCACUCAACUAUCUGCGCUGCCCACAACAUUCUGCCUGCAUGCCAAGAAAGACAUUGUGUAACAGUAUUGCCGGAUGCGAGCAUCUCACCAACGAAGAACUUUGUGCUAAACUGAACGAUUUGAUUGUCGAUAAAAUGAAGCCUGAGAAGCCAAAGAAUUCUAGUGUAAGUUGCCCUCGCUACUUCUUUCAAUGCCGGCCUGACUUGAAAUGUCAUUCACGCAAGCUCGUAUGUGCUGGAGAUGCAGCAUGCAGAAAACUUUCCGUUAAAAGUCUGUGCGAAAGACUAAAACGUAACGAAACAUCCAGAGCAUACACUCAAACUAGUGAGGCUUUGCGUGAGGUGUCAUCCAGUACUACUACACCCAAAUUAACAACUCAACAUGCAUUGCAUCAUAGUUCUGAUUUCUCCAAUGCAAUGCCUUCCUUCGAGGCAUCGUCUAUUCGGCUACCUUCUCAAGUCGGUCAAGUUGUUGCUGAAGAUAUCUUUUCACAAAUUGAAGAGACCUUACAGGCUGUACUGGAUGGACCAGUUCACGUUCUCAGUCGUCUCUUUACUAGAAAAGGCCACAAUAUUGACUUCGCCACCAUAUUCAGCAUGGAUAAGACUCCUGUUCCUAUAAACCCGGUAUGGGACAGUUUUACCAAUAAAACACGAUUUGUGGAAGAUCUCAAAAUCCAAAAUGGAAAUCGAUUGGUGCUUUGGAAAAUUUUCCGCCCUCAAGCUUAUAGUUCUGAUGGCAACCUGAGAACUGUACACCAUAUGGAACUACGAACUCUUAAGAAAAUGGGAUUUACCCUUAUUGUUAUCAUUAAUCUUGCGUCUUGGAUUGAACUUUCAGAAGCUGAAAAAAUCUUGUUUGUCAUUCAACAAUUGGAUUCGGUUCUUCUGAACCCAGGUGUUUGACAUUGGAGUGAUUAAUACAGCGAUUUAAAUAG